AUGCCCAACCGCCAGAUCAUUCAGGUAUUUGAAGAGUACCAAAGGGCACGCGUCAAGUUUGUGCAAACAAUAGCGGACUUGGCCUCCAAACCGCAACACAUUGAAGCGCUGCAGCAGGCGGGUGUCAUGCAGCUGCUUCGACCUCUUCUUUUAGACAGUGUUCCCUCUAUCCAGCAGUCGGCUGCCCUAGCGCUUGGUCGCCUUGCAAACUACAGCGAGGAGCUCGCCGAAAACGUCGUCUCUGGAGACAUCUUGGCACAGUUGGUAUAUUCACUCAGCGACCAGAGCCGAUUUUACAAGAAGUCAGCAGCGUUUGUUCUGCGCAGUGUUGCACGGCACUCGCCGCAAUUGGCGCAGGCAGUUGUGGACAGUCAGGCGGUGGAGGCUCUCGUUGGUUGUCUGGAGGAGUUUGAUCCAACCGUGAAGGAGAGUGCGGCGUGGGCGCUUGGAUAUGUGGCGCGGCACAAUGCCCCACUGGCGCAAGAGGUGGUGGACAAGGGCGCCAUUCCACCGCUGGUGUUGUGUGUGCAGGAGCCGGAGUUAUCACUGAAGCGCACAGCGGCUUCCACGCUUUCUGACAUCGCGAAACAUUUGCCUGAGCUUGCGCAGGCGGUGGUGGACCAGGACGCCGUCACCCAUCUCGCUCCGCUCAUCAUGAGCAACGACAGCAAACUGAGGCGGCAAGUAUGCCAGUGCCUGGCGCAGAUCUCAAAGCACAGCGUGGAGCUGGCGGAGUUGGUGGUGGAAGGCGAAAUAUUCCCAAAGAUAUUCACGCUUCUCAAGGAUAGCGAUGAGGUGGUGCGCAAAAACGCUGCAACUUGCAUUCGUGAGAUUGCGAAGCACACACCGGAGUUGGCGCAGCUGGUGGUAAACGCGGGUGGUGUGGGCGCCCUCGUGGAUUACACGAGCGAGUCGCGAGACAGCGCGCGUCUACCGGG